AUGGUCAUCACAAACGUCUCGGAUGAUAUUUUCAGCCCCGCGGCGAUCAACGACCCUUAUACCUACUACGGUAGAUUGAGGGACGAAGACCCCGUUCACUGGAACGAACUCUACGAGUUGUGGAUAGUUACUCGCCAUGACGAUCUGGUGUGGCUGACCCGCAACCACGAGAAGUUCUCCAGCGCAACCUUCCUCAACGACCCGCGACCGGCCUACCCGGCCAUUUACGAGUCCGACGAGGAAAUCUACCGGAUGGCGUGCGAAUAUCAGGGGAUGAUGUUCAUCCAGCACGACCGCCCGGCCCACCUAGACAUGCGCAAGGUGGUGCAUCAGUUCUUCACUCCCAAGUCCAUGGAGGAGUGGCGUCCCCUGGUUAUCUCCGCCACCAACCACCUGCUGGACGAUGCGGAGCAGAAGGGCAGCGUGGAUCUGAUGCGCGAUCUGGCAGUGCCGCUGCCCCUGCUCGUAAUAGCGGAAAUGAUGGGUGUUCCCGAAGCCGACCGCCCCUACAUCCGCGUCCUUGCCGAGAAGCUGCUGUACAACAACCGUGGCGAGCCGGACCGCUACCGCACGCUAUGGAAGGCGUGA